AUGUUGGUUGCCUUGGUGGAGAUCACCGCCUGGGUGAACGUAGUCGCAUUCUUUGCAAUGCUGUUCACCAAUGCCGAACUCGUCAAGCUCAUCUUCUCCGACGCAUCCAGAAACUUCGGAAACUACACUGUCUUGAUGAUGGCUAAUGUGGCAAAUCUGGUCGUUUUCUCGUGUCUUCAGAUGAUUUUGAAUCCGAUCAUCUCCAUCGAACGAAAUGUGCUCUACGUCUUCUCCACCAUCAAGCCUCAAUUCAUGUCCAAAACCGCCGUCCGCGUCCUCCUCGCCCUCUACGGAAUGACCUAUUGCAUGGCACUUCUACUCUGUGCCGUCAAAUUCGUGUUCCGCUAUGAUCGCGUCUGUCGCUGCGGGAAACUCUUCCGUCUCAAGAAGCACCUUGUCGCCUGGUUCUCAUUCAUCCUCCUUGCCGGACUUUUCUGGGGAGCGUGCAUCUUUCAAAUCGCCCGAGAGACCCCAUACGUCGAUGACAUCAUUCGUGGGCCAUUGCUCAUCAAUUAUAAUGUCUCUCUGGAGAACACCACCUACACAGCUGCGGUUUACGAGGUUAACGAUCCGAUCACUGGGCGAUGUGAAUGGAAUCAAUCGGGGAUUGUCAUGGGUGUGUCGUUUGUGCUGAUCAUUGUUUCGGUUAUGGUCACCAUGGUGUUUUGCAUUUCGAAGCUGUCAAAGACGUUGAGAGAGUUAGUUGACGGAGUUAAUGCAGAUGGUGACAAGAAGGAUGCUGAAAAGACCAAGGUUCAAAGAGAGUUGUUCAGCGCUCAACGCAUUCAGUCCGUCUUCCCAUUCAUCUUCAUCUGCGUUCCAAUCGUUUCUGUCUUGGUCCUCCCGAUCUUUCGUAUCAAUGGAAAUAUUGGAAUCUCUUUGUCCUCCAUUAUGGUCUCCGUCUAUCCAGUCAUCGAUCCGAUCGUCCUCAUCUUCUCCAUCACUCCAUUCCGGAAUGCUGUGUUUGGAAGACAACACAAUUAUAAUGGAAUGGCUUAA